CUCGAAUAACCUGAUGCAGCCUGUGAUAGGAAAUGGAACAGACACAGGCUGUUCUAUCUUCUGCUAUUUCCCCAUCAGUUGAUUAUUUGUGUUUUUCUGGAACAGCCCCUCUUAACUUACUAAUUUUUUCCUGUUUUGUGUGUAGACAACAUUAGAAGCUACUUCUCUUUUAGGAGCUUCAGUGUGUGUGGAGCCUCCAGAAGCCAGAUCUCCAUUAUGGGAGAUCUUCAGAGAGUUCUUAGCAAAGGAGAAUAUGUCCCCUUCACAUCCGCUCCCAUGUUUGAGAGCAACUUUGUCCAGGUUAAUAGGAGAGGUGAACCAAUUUAUGUUCAUAACCGUCCCAACUGUGUGACUGUAGGCAUCUGUGCAUCCAGCCCCAGUCUAUCACUGCCCAAUGUGAUGCUGCUAGCACACACAGUGCCUACAUCUUCCCAGGAAGCUGUGUCAAAGCUCUGGAAGGCCUCAAAGCAGCCAUCCUCCAUGGAGCAGCUAGUACUCAGCAGGUUCUUCCCCUUGAAGUUUGUGGAGAUCACCGUUCACAAUGCUGAGAGGCGUCGCCUCAAGCUGAAGCUGGCAAGUGGCCGCUCCUUCUACCUGGAGCUCUGUGCCCCACCAGACAAGCUGUGCCUCCUCUUCCGUCAAUGGCUGCGGCUCAUUUCUCUCUUGAAACUUCCCCAAGACAACUACAACAAUACUCAAGUCAAUGUAGUGUUUGAGAAUUUUAAUGGGCAGCAAGUUGAGAGAAUGCAAGGCACAAGGAACCAGUCAGACAACAGAGACACCCAGCUAGAGACUCUGAAUUCUACUGAUAUCCCAGAAUCAGAGAAGGAGGAAGUUGCUAAGCGAGCAUCCUCCAAGCGAGUCACCAUCUCUGGCAUAGUGGGUCCUAUUGAAGAGUGUGGCUGCAGCAAGAGAGGGCUGGCAGUUGCCUCACGCAGCUCCAUAAUAAAAGAGACCAAAAGAGAUCCCAGCAGGCAGUCAGAGAAACAACAAAGAAAAGAUCACCUGAAGGUAAAGAAGAGCAAGAGCACAGAGAGGAAGAAAUCCAGGUAUGUGUGGUUGGGGAUAUAUUGAUGCUAAGACAGAGGGUGUCCACAGCUGAACUUUAGAGAAUGAGAAGUGGCAUGUUCCUGUCAUUACGGAGGUUAUUCUUUCAGCAACACUUUAGAAUUACUGUGAUAUUUCUGCUGCUGUAUUAGGUUGAGCUGCUUAGGAACAUAGAGAGGGAUUUUCAAAAGCACCUAGACUUGGGCUCCUCAGUCAUGCAGGCAUUUUGGAAAUCCCAUCCAUAAAUCCAUAAUUAGGUACUAAAUGAAACUGACCUGAUUGUCCAAGAUAUUGAGCACCCACUGCUUACCCUGACUGCAGAAAAAGCUGCAAAUGCUCAGCAUAUCAGAAAAUCAGGCCACUUUGAUUUAGGUGCUUAACUUUAGAGACCCAUGUUUGAAAUUUUUGACCAUACUAUUUGCCAUACUAGAUCAAGCCAGGGGUCCAGUUGGUCCAGUAUCUUGUGUCCUGAACUCCAUACUGGCCUAUGGAGUUCAGUAUCCUGCCUCCUUC